AUGCGUCCAUCCGACGAAGUUCCCAUCAGUGAUAUUAUCAAUAGCUUUGAUUACAACAAUUUUGAGCCAUUGUUUGGCUCAGAAUUUCCAUCCGAUCCUUCGCAGUUGAUUGAUUUCGAUCAGUUGAGUGAAAUUGAGGAUAUAAGUAGCAAAGAAUCGAUACCCGAGAUCACAAAUGCUCCUCAUCCUGGCUUUUCAAACAGCCAUGGUUUGUUGGGUCGCACUAAUUUGGGCUCAUUACUUGGUUCAUAUACAGAUUCAAAUAGGAAUGUGUGGAGAGAUGCUAAUGGAGAAUUAAAAACAAAUGAUGAUAAAGCACGAUAUCCUAUCAUUAGAGAUGCUCAAAGUGGAACUUCUUCGCCACUUAAUGUCGACACCGAUGACAUUAUUACAUAUAUGCACUUACCUGGUUCACAACAAAAUGCGGUUCCGAUCUAUUUUCACCAACUUACUCUUUCCCCAGAUGACACAUCCGAUCAACACGGAAAUGCUGAACAGAACAAUAUGGGCAAUAAGCACUUCUCGGAUAACUUGAUUGUCCCCGACUACAGGGAAAAUACCAAUGAACGAUCAGAAACAGGUAAUGACAAAUUACAUAACGAUUUCUCGCUCUAUCUUUUAUAG